AACCUUGUUUCUGUUACGAAAUAGUUCUGCUCAAACUAAUAAAUAAAAAAGAAAACAUUUCAAAGACCAAGAAUAAUUUAAGCAUGCGCAAUGUUUACUUCACCUUGGCAACACCGACAUUGACAACAGACAAGUUUUGCCGUUUACUUUCUUCACCCGAGGUUUCUCCAUUGCAGUAAGCAAUUAACAGUAAAAAUGGAUUCAGAAGGUCUUCAUUUGAAUAUUGACUACGUCGGGAGCAGCGGAAUUAUUCUAAGCCCGGAACAAAAAGCUGCUCUCCAGACUUCCCUUGUUAUUUUGAAGAAUUCUGGCAAAUUCAACAGAGUUUACUUCUGGGGUAAAAUUCUUGGUGUAAAAGAUGAUUACUUCAUUGCACAAGGUGUAGGGAGGGAUGAAAUCGAAGAGAGGAAAACUUUCUACAGCAAAGAUUGUGUACAUUGGGGUCUUUUACCACCAGCAACUAAAGCUAUGAAAGAACAAAGUAAGCUAGCCAAGGGGAGAUUCACUGGGGAUCCAUCCUACGAAUUUGAGCAUAUAGAACUGAAGAAGGCAGAGGAAGGAGAGGAAAAUGUGGAAGAGGAAACGAUAACAAUCAAGGAGGAAGACAGACUGUCUUCAGUUAUUGCUGAAAUUGACGAAGAUGUGAAAAUUGUACCAAGGGCAGCCUUCAUCAAAACUCCAGAAGGAAAAGUAAUUGCAAACAGAAGUUUCGAAGGUUUGUCAGUUUCUGAAGCAGCCAAACUGUGCUCCUACAUGCACUUCCGUGAACCCAUCAAUCUCCAGGAGAAGUCCCUGUUACAGAAGGCAAACCUUGACAAGGCCAUUGAUUUCUUGGACACACUGGAGGAAGACAUUCCCAAAGGUUCCUGGAGUCUACAGUUUGAGCGAGGUAGUGGAUUGGUCACCCUCAGGAGUCUGUUGUGGUUAGGAUAUGUCAGUUAUCAUGUCCCUGGCACCCGUUUCUAUGGAUCCUGUUAUGUCGGUAAUGGAGAGAAAAACUUGGAUCUGCCAUUCAUGUUGUGAGAGGGCAGGACUUACUGUGUUACCAUUGUAAUCUUUGAAGAGACCUCAUAUGAAGUUCAACAACUUCAAUCUCAUUACUUGUAUAUAAAUUAUGUAAAAUAAAUUGUUUUUUAUUAUU